UAGGAAACGUUCCACUCAUCCAUGAUCUCGCCGUGACCUGAGAGAGACACCGGAGCUGGUCUCACCAUGGUGUCCGAAGAUGACGGUACCAGUCCCCGCAAAAGGCGGAGGAUUGGACCUCCUAAGGCUGCUCCUUAUAUGUUGCGACCUUUAUUCGACCAAGUACCUCUGACGGCCGACGAUCCCAAUGACGAUGUUUACAUUACCUGUGUCGAGUAUUGGAAUGGCAAUCUCUAUAUCGGAACCUCCGCCGCCGAGAUCUUACAUUUUGUCUGCCUGCCCCCGGAUCCGUCGGACACCUCAAACGAAUCCUCCUUCAUCCUAGCCUCGAGACUACCUAUCCCGUUCUCUCAGAACUCGCAAGCAACCUCGAAUCCCCCGGGGAUCCAACGGAUCGUCCUUCUGCCGACUGCGAACAAAGCAUGUGUGCUCUGCAAUGGGACGGUCACGUUCUACAUGUUACCGGAGCUCAGCCCGGCUUUUGGAAACACCAAAGUCCACAAUUGUCACUGGAUUGGGGGUCUUGAUCUAAACGCGGAUCCCAAUGAUACGGAAGAUCCUGUGAUCAUGAUCGGUGCCCAGAAUAAGAUCAUGCUGGUGCGGAUCGGUGACGGGGCUCGACUCCGGAGGAAUAUCGAGUUUCCGGGCUGCUUGGUGGCGUCGCGCAGGGGCAUAAUCUCCUGUGCCGCUGAUGGACAUACAUACUCGCUCCUUGACGUGGAACAUCAACAAAAGAUCCCUCUGUUCCCCAUUUCGUUCUUGAAUGAAGCCCUCGGAUCCGGGCAGGCGGAAGACAUACCGCAAGUAUCUUCACCACCACUCGCUAGCUCUCCGCCGACUGAGAGCCAUGGGCACAAUAGGAGCUCGAGCCUGAAUACAUUAGCAGGCAUGCUGCAUCCGAAUCCAAACCCGGGCUCUCAAGACCGGUCGAGCUCCGGGACGCCUGAACUGUCUCCGGAUUCGGGGACGCCGACUCGACCGCGGUCAAGAGAGCGAGACGCCAGUGCCUCACCUAGAGUAUCCUCUGAACAGCACUCUAGGCCUGGCGAUGAUUCGAAACAGCUCCCGGCAUUGCCUAAAGAGUCAACGCAGCUGAAGCCGCAUGUUCUUUCUCCCACCCCCUCGGAAUUUUUGCUCGUUAGAGGGACGGACACAACGGAGCCAGGUGUUGGGAUGUUCGUCAACAUGGAUGGCGAUGUGGACCGCGGCACGAUCACGUUCCAUAGGUAUCCCGAGUCACUUGUCAUCGACAAGGGCGACGAAAACAAUCUAAUCCAAGCCCCUGAUGACACCAGCGACGAGCUCAUACUCGCCGUGAUGGAGACCAACGAAGACGGAAACCCGCGCAAACGCAUCGAAGUACAACCAUGGGACGCCGACCCAGCAGAGGCCGAGGGCCAAAAAAGCUGGGUAGAGAUACCCUCCCAGGACGUGCAAGUUCCUCACGUUGGUCUUGCGCAUACAAUUAGCCCUAGUCAACUGGAGGUACAAGAAUUGGGGAAAGUAAUGCAGAUGGUUCGUUUGAAGACACCAUCAUUGUCUCCACACAUCUCGGUAGUCGACCCGCGGACUCAGGCAUCUAUCGAACAGCUGCAGAAAGAAAAAGAACUUUUUGAACCUGACCCUGAUGGCGCUAAGAAGGAUAAAUCUGGUGGUUGGGAAGCGGAUCGAAAUGCCGAAGAGGCCAAGAUAGCCCGCGACCUAGGCAAGGCUCGAAGCAGUCUGAUUAUGUGGUCAGGAAACACUAUAUGGCGGGUCGUGAGAAACCCAUUAACCACUCAGCUUGACAAUGCGCUGGGUAACGCCCAGGUUCCCGAGGACAAUGAACACGAGGUCUUGGACCGCGAUGUGGUCAUGGGCAUCAUUGAUUUGGUCCAAGAAUCUGAGCCCAAAUCGGAGGCGGAAUUUCUAGGAUUGAACUAUAUCAAGCAGAAGUCGAGCCUGCUUCUUUUCGGCGAUCUAGUUUUCAUGGACCCGGCGCACCGACAUGAAGCCACUACGAUCAAAAUGACAGAAAAGGCACUAACGGAUGGAAAUCUGGACCCCCGUAUAGCCUUGUUACUGGUUCCCCUCCUUCGUUGCGAGGUACUACAGGGCCCUCAAGGAAUCUGGAUUCACGCUGGGCUUGCAGAUAUCGUGGAAACGUACAUCCAACGAGAGGAAAAAGAUGAAUCCGCCAGGGAUGCCACCUCCGACAGUGACAUUUUGAACAUGGUGAAACGCUUUUUGGUUUCAUGGCAGCAGAAACGGGGUUACGGAAGCAUCACAGACGAGACUUAUGUGUUCGACAGUGUUGACGGGGCUCUCUUGCAUCUCCUCCUCGAGCAAGACUCAAAGUUCACGCCUGAACAGCGCUCGGCUUCCCCGGUGCGAGCUGAGUUGAACCGGCUCGUUGACAAUUGGAAAGGGAAUUUCGAUCGAGCCGUGGCCCUCUUAGAGAGUUACAAGCGGCUAUUCAUCUUGAGUCGUUUGUACCAAAGUCAAAAGAUGUCAGGCAAUGUGUUGAAGACGUGGCGACGGAUCAUUGAGGGCGAGGAGGAUAUCGGUGGUGAAAUGUCCCCGGCUGGAGUUGAGAUCCAGAUGCGCCGAUAUUUAGUCAAAAUUAAGGAUGCGCAGCUUGUGGAGGAGUACGGGUCCUGGCUAGCUCAGCGAAACCCAGGCUUGGGUAUCCAAGUCUUCGCGGACCACACCAGCCGAGUCAAACUGGAGCCUGGGGACGUCGUCGGCUUACUCAAGGAGCGAGCUUCCAAUGCGGUGCAAGAGUAUCUUGAACACCUCGUCUUUUCGAAGAAUGUGCGUCUCCCCUUUCUCCUCGUGAAAGUUUCGCAUCUAACCAAUAACUACAGUUAACUCAAUACGCCGACGACCUCUUAUCAUAUUAUCUUGAUACCGUGCUUUCCGUUCUUGAGUCCUCACCAGCCGCGCGAGAGUCCCUCUCGGAAUCUUACUCUACUUAUCGCGCCCUUCAACCGCCCAAGCCAACCUACAUGAAUUUCAUCGUUGAGAACACCCCCUCCGAACCAUGGUGGCAGUCUCGUCUCCGACUCCUUCAGCUCCUGGGAGGCGGCAGCAGCAGCACUAGCCAAUUUUCUUCCAUCCCCACCCCCACCCUCACAUAUUCCAUCCCCGCCGUCCUCGCUCGAAUUGAGCCCUUCCAGAACGUACUCGUCUCCGAGUCAGUCAUCCUCGACGGACUGCAGGGCCGUCACCGCGAAGCCCUGCGUCUUCUUACACACGGACUAGGCGAUUACGAUUCCGCCGUAAGGUACUGCCUGUUUGGCGGCCCCCGCAGCACCAGUGCUACCGGUGCACUAGUUGAGUUCGCCGAGCGUCCCCUCCAAACAGAGCUAUUCGGAUAUCUACUAGACGAGUUCCUGCGCAUCGAGGACCUCUCGGAACGCCUCGAGCGCACCAGCGACCUCCUCGCCCGCUUCGCCUCAUGGUUCGACGUCGGCGAAGUCCUCCGCCUUGUCCCAGACGACUGGAGCGUUGACAUCCUCAGCGGUUUUUUGGCGCAGGUCUUCCGGGUCCUCGUCUCGCAGUCCCGCGAGACGCGCAUCGAACGCGCUCUCAGCGCGGGGCUAAACCUGCGUGUUGGCACGGAAUACAUCGAGGGAGUAGAGAAAGUGGGCGGUUGGGUCGAGGAAGGAGACGGCGUGCGUCGGCUGAAAGGGUCUUCUCCUAGUUCGGGUCAGCAGAGUCAACCGGCUCAGCCUGACGAGGGAAGUGAAUUCGGGGAUAUGGUUGGAGCUGGUGACCCGCGUUGACUGAGGUGGAAAUGGACAAACGAUACCUGAUGACUUGACUGCCUUGAUACCGUUAUUGCUACGGAGAACAUUAGUAAAUACGUCGCACCGGAUUUUCUAGAUACCUCGACUCUUUUAUUUUCCUUCAAGUGGAUAAAGUCUAAUUAUAAGUCCGGCCGACAUCCUCUAAAGGUCAAACACAGAUUAACCUUUCUUCUGCCUUGUUCAUUGCUAUAUCCGUUUCGGCUCUUUCAGCUCGAGAUGUUGAGCCCCUCAAAAAAAAUCUGUACAAAGGUAGCAUACUUAAAUGAUAUCUCUGUCUGUGUAGUCUUCCCAAAUCACUUUGAAAAUUGUAGUCAAAAUAAAAGGAACUAUAGAUUCUAUCAAUGUUCCUAAUCACCAUAAACCCGAGACUAUAAA